AUGUGGAUCUCGCUUUUAUUCUUGCCUAUCCUUGUCGGCGCCUUGGAGUCCAGUUCGCUGCUGCUGGAGCUGGCGCAGUUGGCUGCCAGCAAUGAGUCCUUAGAGCCAACGCAGUGCGUAGAGCAGCUGCGUGAGCUGCAUGCCGCUUGGCAGGCGAACCAGAGUUGGGCUCUGAAAGCUGUGGAUGCCUCUGGCAGCGGCUUUCACAAUUUCAUGCUGGGCAACAGCCUGUGGCUGGGCAAUCGCCUCACCUGUCGAGCGCUCAAUGAGCCGCUGCUCCAGGACUUUACAAGGGAACACCGCAAGCUGCUGCGAGAGCACGCGCCCUUUGACCACGCCUACAGCGUAGCCUACCUGAGAGCCAACUCCAGCUGGCAGCUGACCACGAGCAUGAAGUCGAGGCAGCUGUUGCAUGUUGGACUCUGUCUGCCCCACAGCUGCGAUCCACAGCAGCUGGAGCAGCUGCUCAGCCAGAGCCUAAAGGCAGCCAGAGCAGAGGGCAGCUGGGAGCAGCGAAUGGAGCUGCAGCUGGAGCUGGUCUACACCAAACGCCCAGAGCUAGGCGCUGGCUUCUUUGCCCGUCCCGCAGUUCGCUGGCUGCUGUUGCUGCUGGCUGCUAGUCUUCUGCUGCUCUGCCUAGCCAGCAGUGGCUUCUUUCCAGCUAGUCGUAUCCUUGGCUGCUUCGAUGUGGCUGCCAACUGGAGGCGUCUGUGGCAGCUGCCUUCAGCGGGCAGUCAGGAGAUCGCGGUUAUCAAUGGAUUACGCGUCUGCAGCGCCUUUGCUCUGCUCGGCUUCCAUGUCGUUUGGUAUCAAUUCUUCUCGGCGACUCACUCGGCAGAUCUGGCGAACAAAUUGAUAAAACUUACGAUUCAAAUUCCUGUGGCGUUCGUGUUGGAGGUAUUCUUUGUCAUCAGUGGCUUCCUCACCGUCUCCAACUUUCUGCGUAAUCUGCCACUGCAGCGCAGCAUUGCAAGGGAUACGCUACCCGGCGUUGCGCGGCAUUUUGUGAGGCAAGUGGCUCAACGAUACUUACGAUUGGCUCCGCUGCAAUGCAUCGUGAUUCUGGUCACCGUGGUGAACUUCUACUAUCAUCGCGAAGCAUCGGUUCUCCAUUUUGUUGAGCCCGUGGAUGAGUUGUGCGCGCAGCAUUGGUGGCGCAACAUCCUGUUCGUGCAGAAUCUGUAUCCGGUAAGCGAGAUGUGCUGCAAUUGGACCUGGUCUCUCGGCUGCGACAUGCAACUGUACAUAGGAGCCAUGUUGAUGCUGUACAUGCAUACCAGGUAG